CCGCUCCGACGCCAGCAGCGCCCUCGUGCCGCUCGCCCAGCCCCGGGGGAGCCCCAGCAAGUUUCCCGGGCCGCGCGCCCCGCUCGCUCGCCUCCCAGCCCGCAGCCCCGGCUGCCGCCGCGCCCGCCAUGCCCUCGGCCAAACAAAGGGGCUCCAAGGGCGGCCACGGCGCCGCGAGCCCCUCGGAGAAGGGCGCCCACCCGUCGGGCGGCGCGGAUGACGUGGCGAAGAAGCCGCCGCCGGCGCCGCAGCAGCCACCGCCGCCCGCGCCGCACCCGCCGCAGCACCCGCAGCAGCACCCGCAGAACCAGGCGCACGGCAAGGGCGGCCACCGCGGCGGCGGCAGGUCCUCCGCUGCCGCCGCCGCCGCCGCCGCCUCGUCCUCGGCGUCCUGCUCGCGCAGGCUCGGCCGCGCGCUCAACUUUCUCUUCUACCUCGCCCUGGUGGCGGCGGCCGCCUUCUCGGGCUGGUGUGUUCACCACGUCCUGGAGGAGGUUCAGCAGGUCCGGCGUAGCCACCAGGACUUCUCCCGGCAGAGGGAGGAACUGGGCCAGGGCUUGCAGGGCGUCGAGCAGAAGGUUCAGUCUCUGCAAGCCACAUUUGGGACUUUUGAGUCCAUCUUGAGAAGCUCCCAACAUAAACAAGACCUCACAGAGAAAGCUGUGAAGCAAGGGGAGAGUGAGGUCAACCGGAUCAGUGAAGUUCUGCAAAAACUCCAGAAUGAGAUUCUCAAAGACCUCUCGGAUGGGAUCCACGUGGUGAAGGACGCCCGAGAGCGGGACUUCACGUCCCUCGAGAACACGGUGGAGGAAAGGCUGACGGAGCUCACCAAGUCCAUCAACGACAACAUCGCCAUCUUCACUGAUGUCCAGAAGAGGAGCCAGAAGGAAAUAAACGACGUGAAGGCCAAGGUCGCCUCUCUGGAAGCAUCUGAGGGGUACAAGCAGGAUUUGAAAGCCUUGAAGGAAGCUGUGAAGGAAAUACAAACCUCUGCGAAGUCCAGAGAGCGGGACAUGGAGGGCCUGAGGAGCGCCCUCCGGACCAUGGAGUCCGACGUCUACACGGAGGUCCGGGAGCUGGUGAGCCUCAAGCAGGAGCAGCAGGCGUUCAAGGAGGCGGCCGACACGGAGCGUCUCGCCCUGCAGGCCCUCACGGAGAAGCUUCUCCAGUCGGAGGAGUCCGCCUCCCGCCUCCCGGAGGACAUCAGGAGACUGGAGGAAGAGCUGAGCCAACUGAAGGCCGAUUCCCACCGGCCGGAGGAAGACGGAGUCUUCAAACACUCCGACGCCCUGGAAGUGCUUCAGAAAACCAGUCAGGGGUUGGACUCCAGGCUCCGGCACGUAGAGGAUGGAGUCCAUUCUGUGCAGGAGGCUUCCGAGCGCCAGACCGAGAGCCUGGAAUCCCUCUUGUCCAAGAGCCAGGAGCACGAGCAGCGCCUGGCCGCCCUGCAGGGGCGCCUGGAAGGCCUGGCGUCCUCCUCGGAGGCGGACAAGGAUGGCCUGGCCAGCACGGUGAGGAGCCUGGGCGAGGCCCAGCUCGCGCUCUACGGCGACGUGGAGGAGCUGAAGAGGAGCGUGGGCGAGCUCCCCAGCACCGUGGAGUCGCUGCAGAAGGUGCAGGAGCAGGUGCACACGCUGCUCGGUCAGGACCAAGCCCAGGCCUCCCGUCUGCCUCCUCAGGACUUCCUGGACAGACUCUCCUCCCUGGACAACCUGAAAUCCUCAGUAAGCCAAGUGGAGUCGGACUUGAAAAUGCUCAGGACUGCCGUGGACAGUUUGGUCGCGUACUCGGUCAAAAUAGAAACCAACGAGAACAACCUGGAAUCCGCCAAGGGUUUGCUAGAUGACCUGAGAAAUGAUCUGGAUAGGUUGUUCGUGAAAGUGGAGAAGAUUCACGAAAAGGUCUAAAGGAAUGGUGUGUGCAGGGUGCGGAUUUCAAGUCCAAUUUCUCAUGACCAAAAAAAUGUGUUGUUUCCUCCCACGUGUCCCCCCCCACCCCAAUUUCUUGUCCCCUCUUAAAGACCAGUAGAUACCACCCGAACACCAAGGCAUUGUAUUUUUGUGCCCAAUUAAUUUAUUUACAAUUGUUACCACACACCGUUGGUUUCUUCAGUUCUCUGCUUCUGCUUUUGGUUGGUUUCCUGAAGGCCCAGUCCCUGUGAUUAAGAGGUGUCUUUUCGAAGGGAUGUCUCUCGUGUCAGAGAAAAACAGUAGUGGCUUCAGCUGAGGAUUAACAGAAGCAGAUUAACCUCAAAAAUCCUGUCUGGCUGGCAGAUUUCAAGU